AUGUUCCGCCAGGCGGUUGCUCGUCCCCUCCUCCGUGCCAACCAGGUCGUCGCGACACGAUCAUUCUCUGUUGCUGCUGCCAGAAUGGGCGAAGGCGACACUGGUGCACCUAAAAUGCACGGCUACCACACCGAAGACCAGUUCACCCGCCGCGAGGCCGCUCAAGAGAACCUCUACGUGAAGGAGAAGGAGCUCGAGAAGCUCCGUGCCCUCAAGGCCAAGCUGCAGGAGCAGCGUCGUCACCUCGACGAGCUCGACAAGCACAUGUCAGUCACACAUUCGUCUGCAGAACGUCGUCCCUACGAUGAAGGAACAACAUAUCUCACCCGCGAACAAGGCGGAGAGAAGAACUAG